UACAAACUCCUAAAAAUCCGUCUUUUAUUAAUAGCUAAUACUCUCCCUCCCUCCCAGCUCUGCUUCUUUACCCGCACGGUCACACUGGGACACUGAAACCGAGUUCAAGCACUGUGGAGAUCUAGAGAGUGUGUGUGUGUGUGUGUUUGUUUAAGUAAGCUCUCAUUGAAGAGCUAGCUAGAUUCGUCUCUAAGGGUAUUCUCCCAAACACAUCAUGGGUAACAAGCACAACUCUGCAGGGUUCAAAACACGAAGUCCAUUGUCUAUAUUCAUUGUUAUCUGUUUGUGCUGUUUCUUUUACAUCCUGGGUGCAUGGCAGAAGAGUGGUUUUGGAAAAGGAGAUGGCAUAGCUGUACAGAUGUCCAAGCAGACGGAUUGUCAAAUCUUCCCUGAUCUGAACUUUGAAACCCAUCAUAAUGAUGUUGAGAUUAUUGAGCCUUCUAAGCCAAAAGCCAAAGUAUUUAAACCAUGUGAUGUCAAGUAUACUGAUUAUACUCCUUGCCAAGAACAAGAUCGAGCCAUGACAUUUCCACGGGAGAAUAUGAUAUACCGGGAAAGGCAUUGUCCUCGUGAAGAAGAAAAACUGCAUUGUCUUAUUCCAGCACCCAAAGGGUACACGACUCCAUUUCCUUGGCCAAAAGGCCGUGAUUAUGUCCAUUAUGCUAAUGUUCCGCAUAAAAGCCUGACUGUGGAGAAGGCUGUUCAGAACUGGGUUCAAUUUCAGGGUGAUGUAUUCAAAUUUCCUGGAGGAGGGACCAUGUUCCCUCAAGGUGCAGAUGCAUACAUUGAUGAACUUGCAUCGGUGAUCCCUAUAGCAGAUGGCUCUGUCAGAACCGCACUAGAUACUGGUUGUGGGGUAGCCAGCUGGGGAGCAUACCUGAUGAAAAGAAAUGUGUUGGCUAUGUCAUUUGCACCACGAGACAAUCAUGAAGCGCAGGUACAAUUUGCAUUGGAGCGGGGAGUACCUGCUGUUAUUGGGGUUCUAGGUUCAAUACAUCUUCCAUACCCAUCGAGAGCCUUUGAUAUGGCCCAGUGCUCUCGAUGUCUAAUUCCAUGGACCGCAAAUGAUGGAAUGUACUUGAUGGAAGUUGACCGUGUCCUCAGACCUGGUGGAUACUGGAUCCUUUCUGGCCCGCCAAUCAAUUGGAAGACCUACUACCAAACAUGGAAACGGUCUAAGGCUGAUCUCCAAGCUGAGCAAAGAAGGAUUGAAGAGCUGGCUGAAAGUCUUUGCUGGGAGAAGAAGUAUGAGAAGGGAGAUAUUGCUAUCUUUAGGAAAAAAGCAAAUAACAAAAACUGCCGCAGGAAGUCUGCUAGUAUUUGUGAAUCAAAAGAUGCUGAUGAUGUCUGGUACAAGGAAAUGGAAGCAUGCAAAACUCCUCUCCCUGAAGUAAACAGUGCAAAUGAAGUAGCAGGAGGGGAGUUAAAGAAGUUUCCAGAGAGGCUUUUUGCAAUUCCUCCUCGAGUAGCCAAGGGACUUGUCAAGGGUGUCACAGCUGAAUCCUUCCAGGAGGACAAUAAACUUUGGAAAAAGCAUAUAAAUGCUUAUAAAAGGAACAAUAAGUUGAUUGGCAGUACGAGAUACAGGAACAUCAUGGAUAUGAAUGCAGGGCUUGGAGGAUUUGCAGCAGCACUUGAAUCCCCAAAAUCAUGGGUGAUGAAUGUAGUUCCAACCAUUGCUAAGAAUACUUUAGGUGUUAUCUACGAGAGAGGUUUAGUUGGUAUUUAUCAUGACUGGUGUGAAGGGUUCUCAACAUACCCAAGGACAUAUGAUUUUAUCCAUGCCAAUGGUUUAUUUAGUUUGUACCAGAACAAGUGUAACCUGGAAGACAUCCUUCUGGAAAUGGACCGCAUUUUGCGUCCUGAAGGGACCGUAAUCUUCCGAGAUGAGGUUGAUGUUCUGAACAAGGUUAAGAAAAUUGCUGGAGGAAUGAGAUGGGAUACAAAAAUGAUGGAUCAUGAGGAUGGUCCCCUUGUACCUGAGAAGAUACUGGUGGUGGUUAAACAGUACUGGGUUGGUGGCAGAGGAAACAGCACAUCAAGUGAUCAAUAAUCCUGUAGUCAUUGUUUUCAGGGCAAAAUUAUGCCAGCAAUUACAAUGCCAAGCAAGUGAUUAAAUUGCUGAACUGAAGAAUUCUGAUUUAAGUUAUUAAUCUGUUAUUGUUGAUGUGGAGCAUAUGCACAACUUAGUGGCUUGAUCAGUUAAAUUAUCAAGCUUCACGAAUGCAAAUACUGAUGACAAGAAGAACGUCCUUCACAAUCAAAGAUUAUAUUUCUUAGUUAA